AUGGGGCAAAUAAUAUCUAAAGUAAAUAACUGGGACCCGAAUUUGAAGUUAUUGAUAUUUGGAGUUAUUACCCCUUUCACAGUGUGUGUGCUUUUAUACACGAGUUUAGCAGGAGAUGAAGACAACUAGAACAACUUAACCUUAGGCUACGACGAUGAUGAAGAUCUAGACGAGAAGACAAUUGUCGGCUUGAUUGACAUGCAGUUCUAAAUCGGAGCUUUCCCAAGGAUAAGAGACGAAUUCAAUCAUAAAAGGCGCUAGUUGCUGAAAAAUCUAAAUGUUAAUUAAGCCCUAACUGAAAAUCAAACAAACAGAUAUAUUUAACUUGUUCUUGAGUACGAUCAAAAACUUGGCGCUGCUUUGGAGCGUAAUUUGGAUGAUAUUAGUGAUAUAUAUGGAGUUUCAAAAGACCAAAUAAAGAAAUCUCAGAAUAAAUACAUCAACAACAGUAACUCUCAUAAAUUACUCGCUAGACAAGAAGUUCUCUAGGCUAGAAUUCCCAGAUGGUUAGAUUCAAACAAGGCUCUUGAUAUCAAGCACGAGAUGGAGGAGUACGCAUCAAGGCAAUAAAAGUUUUUUAUGGAAUACUUAAUGAAUCAGGAAUAGAAGAGAGUCUAUGGAGCAGAUUAUUCACAAGUGAGUGAGAGAAUGCUAUAGGCAGAAGAAAUAAUGGAGUAAUCGAAUUUUGAUUAUAAUGAAGAAUCUGAUCCACUUCAAAUGGCUAUAUACAAAAGUACUACUGUUGCCAAAUAUAUAACUUUAGACAUGAUCUUAGAGAAAUCUCAUAAAAUCUCAGAGGCCCAAUUAAAAAGAAUGCUAUAUAAAUAAGAUUUCGACAAUCUAGAGUCUAAAAAGGGAAUUUUAUACAAACUUAAGAAACAAUUUUGGGGCUGA